AAGCCCAGUGAAGAUGGUGUGAUCAGGAAUUCUGCUGUUUAUGGGAAAUCUGAAGGAACAUUUACCAGCAUUCUACAACCAUGUUGCCCUGAUAAUGUUAAUUCAGCUCUUAGGAAUUUUUUGGACUUUCCUGCCUCUUUGGAACAUUUUUUCACAGACUGUGGAGAGAUGGUGUGCAGCUUCAUGACGUGAAGUUUACUUCCGAUGAAGAGCUUCGGGGACAUUGACAGAUAGCACGUCCCAGCAAGUUCAUUUGGAGUUCUUUUUUUUUUUAGUCAAACUUGCAUUCACUAAUGCUGGGGUAUGAUUUUAGAAGAAAACCUUUAGUCCUGUUUAAUUUUGGAGCUAGUAAAGAUUUGAGAACCAAUGGCCUGGUUUCACAGACAGGGCUUAGACUAAGCCUGGAUCAUAGUUCAAUAAGGACAUCUAGGUCAUUUUUCCUUGACAUGCCUUAGAAAAAAAAAACAUUACUGGUGUGCAUCUUGAGACAAAGCAAAUGCACUUGUAUUUUUAAAGAUCAAGUGCAAGUUUCUAUCAUUUGAAACAGCUCAGAAUUACAUUUUAGUCUUGGGCUGGUCUUAAGCCUUGUCUGUGAAACCAGGGGUACAAGUAACACACUUUGGUAAUGUUUUACAAUAAGGUCUCAUAUCUCAUUUGUUGUACAUGGAUUGAUAAUUUUCUUUCUUUUGUUUUGUAUUAAAUGCGUGUCGUUUGUGUGUUUGUAAUCCUAUAAGUUAUGGCGACCAAAUGACUAGUAAUACCAGUAAAUGUUGACCUUGUGGACAUUUUUAGGUCCCCGGUGAGGAAACCGGUUUACACAUCUAACAGAAAGAUGUUUUCCAUGAUGGUGAAAUUAGCAUUGUUCUCCAGACUCAAUAUGAAAUACUAAAAAGUACUAAAAAAGUGCCACUUAAGUUGUUAAAAAAAAUCUCUCAAGAGUUGCACUCAUUGCAUUUAAUAUAACUUUAAAAUGUAAUACAUUUGAAAUUAAUUACAAAUACAAUGUACUUAAGCAGCGAAAAUAACAGUUAAUUUGCAUUUAUGUGUGUUCUCUUCAAGUAUAUUAUUUCCGCAAUAAGUACACUUUAUAAAAGUAAACUUAAAGGUACAGGUACAGACCACAGCGUUGUACUGCUCAUAAGCUGCCAUACUCUUCUCCCACGGGGCGGCCUCAGAGCACAGUAUGUCCAGAGACUUCCUACAGGGGCCCACAACCAACGAUUCCAUACUUCACCUGUCAUGACCCCAGCGAGUUCGCUCUUUUAAAGUUGGCUCUUGACAAUCUGCUUCCUGAUGAUGCAACUGAGCUUUUCAAGUAUCAGGUUUUUUAGAUAAUCUGAAGUUUGAAGAGGCCCGUCUAAUUGCAGACUCAUUCCUCAAUUCCCUUUGGCCGUACACAGACACUAUGACUGCACUUAAUGACAGAUUUGGAAGACCUCACCAGUUAGCCUUAACUAAAAUAGCAGCGGUCAUGGAUGCCCCUGAUGUUCAGCAUGGAGAUUUGGCCAGUUUUGAUAGGUUUGCCCUUCAAAUCCAAGCUCUUGUGGGUCUUCUGAAGACAUUAGGUCCUGAAGGUAACAUGGAAUUACAAUGUGGUUCACAUGUAGCCCGUCUACUCACUAAACUUCCUCCAGAUUUACGUGCCUCUUUCAGACGACACAUGCCUUAUCAGUCUGGUGCAGUUUACACUCUACUGGAUUUAGCAGAGUGGCUCAAAUUUGAAUCAUGGUGCCAAGACUUUGAUGACUUAUAUCAAAGAAAUGAGCAGAGACGUAGAAUAGUGCAACCAAGAUCAAGCUCAUUAGUAAAGCCUAGGCUUGCCACUGUUCUUCAUGGAGCUGAUCAAACCCAUAACACUACUACAAAAGCACUGUUACCCUCAAAGCAGUCCAACCCAGUCCAGAGACUCGAACAGAGUAGGGUGUUGUGCCCAUACUGUGACAGUACCGAACACUUCCUGAGCCAGUGCACCACCUUCCAGAAAUUCAGUAAAGAGGAGAUGAUUAAAUGGAUCAAAGACAACAACCGUUGUUGGAAAUGUGGGAAGUCUCACUUAGCAAAAAAAUUACACUCUGAAAAAGCCCUGUCGCUUAUGUAAUGGGGAACACCUUCAAAUCCUUCAUGAGGUGAACGACCGAUCACAGACAGAGGGCACCUGUUUGGUGAGCUCCACAAAUAAUACCCUGUACCUGGACAGGCCUUUAGGAUCCAAUCAUGUUCUACUGAAAGUGAUUCCUGUCGUGCUACAACACAAGAAUCAAACCCUAAACACCUACGCAGUGCUCGAUGAUGGAUCCGAAAGAACCAUGCUACUCCCAGCAGCAGUUCAGAAACUAGGACUUAAGGGACAGACAGAGGAGCUAGCAUUAAGAACAAUUUGACAAGAUGUCAAGAAACUCAUUGGGGCCUCCGUUUCCUUUAAGGUGCGCUCAAUAUCACAGCCUCAAUGGAGCUACCAAAUCCAGAAUGCUUUUACCUCUGAGCACUUAAGUCUGGCUGAGCACUCCUCCCUCCAUCUCUAUGCUCCAGCAAAAAUAUCAACACCUGAAGAGGAUUUCCUUGCAGCGCAUCCACAGAGCAUGUCCCUUUCUUCUAAUAGGAGCAGAUCACCCCCACCUAAUUACACCCAUUGAGCCUGUACUUCUCGGCCCCCUGGAGGUCCAGCAGCUAUCAGAACCCAACUAGGUUGGACAUUUCAAGGCCCAACAUGCUUUCUAGAGCAACAGCUCCCCCCUCAGCAAUGUUUAACUAUCUCUGUCAAACCUCAAAUGGAAGAACUUUUCCAGAAUGUGGAGAGACUUUGGCAAGGUGAUGCUAUCCCACACAAGAACGAGAGAUUGGUUGUACGAUCAAGACAAGAUCAGAUUGCAUUAGACUUGUUACAAGCCAGAACCACCAGAGUCAUGGUAGAUGGAGUGAACCGCUAUGCAACACCACUCCUAAGGAAAGCUGAUAUGCCUCACCUCCAUGCCACUAAGGAUUCUGUCAUGCCCAAUUUGAGAAGCACAGAGCGAUGACUGGCAAAGGAUCCUGGGAAGGCAGCUACAUACAAUGAAGAAAUCAAGAAACUGGAGAAUUCUGGCUAUGUUGUUAAGCUCACUAUGGACUGUGAGACCACUGGAGGAGAAUCGUGGUUUAUUCCCCACCACGUGGUUCAACAUAAUGGGAAAAACCGUGUUGUGUUCAACUGCUCCUUUGAACACAAAGGUCAAAACCUGAACCACUACCUCCUUGCCGGACCUGCUCUCAGCCCUUCCCUUCUGGGAGUUCUGUUGCGCUUCAGGGAAUAUACUGUUGCAGUAAGUGGAGAUAUAAAGGCUAUGUUUCAUCAGGUCUGCCUACUGCCUGAUGACAAACAUCUCCUCCGCUUUGUUUGACGUGAUCUUGAACCCAGUAACCCUCCCAGAAUUUAUGAGUGGCAAGUGUUGCCUUUUGGCACAACCUGCAGCCCUUGCUGUGCCAUUUAUGCUGUACAGCGCCAUGCUUUGGAGAACACACAACCAGAUAACACCCUAAGAUCAACAGUUGAACGUAACUUUUAUGUAGACAACUGCCUCAAGAGUGUAAGGUUCCCAGAUUAUGCCAAACAGUUGGUGGAUGGUUUGCGUAGCCUUCUUAGUAGUGGUGGGUUUGAAAUUCGUCAAUGGGACUGCAACAUGCCAAAUGUCAUUGAUCACCUUCCCAAAGAGGCUCGUUCAAACAGCAUUGAGCUUUGGCUAUCACAUGACAAGGUCGAACCACAGGAAUCCACUCUUGGCUUGAGAUGGAAUUAUGAUGCAGACAUCCUCAGUUACAAACACCGCCCAGUACCAAAAACCACACCCACUCUGCGGCAUAUUUAUAAGGUCACAGCAAGCCAAUAUGACCCUCUGGGAUUCAUUCUGCCUUUCACCUCUCUUGCUAAAAUUCUGAUCCAACCGUUGUGGAACAAACAAAGAGAUUGGGAUGACCCCCUGUUGCCAACAGACCUAUUGAAAGCCUGGAACGAGUGGGAGAAUGAGCUCCCCAUCCUUUCUGAAGUUACACUUCCACGGUGCUAUGUUUCAGCAGAUAUGGACAAAUCCAAUGUCACAAGACAAAUUCAUAUCUUCUGUGAUGCUUCAGAACAAGCGUAUGGUUAUGUGGCAUACCUCAGAACUGAAGAUGAACAGGGCAAAAUUCAGCUUGCAUUCCUGAUGGCCAGAUCUAAAGUUGCCCCCAAACGCAAACAAACUGUUCCAAGACUUGAGCUAUGUAAAGCCCUUAUUGGUGCCCAACUUUCAAAGCUACUAGAAAAUGAACUCACAAUUGAAAUCAACCGAGUGGUCCUGUGGUCUGAUUCAACCACAGUUCUUUCAUGGAUAAAAUCUGAGUCCUGCACCAGCAAGUCUUCGUAGGGACUAGGAUAGCAGAAAUCCAAGACCUAACUGACCAACAUGAAUGGCGAUAUGUAGAUUAUCCUAGAAACCCUGCAGAUGAUCUCACAAGGGGGCCCAGCUUAAUAGAGCUUACAACACCAAACAGAUGGACUCAAGGCCCACCAUUCUUACUACAAGCAGAAUCUGAGUGGCCAGCUAGGCAAACCUUUAAAACCCCUGAUGAUGGGGGGAACAGAGGAAAAGUGUAUUUUUGUGGUGUCUCAAGAAUGUCCAAUCCCGUAGAACCUAGUGAGUACAGUUCCUGGAAAGACCUAGUUGGAGCCACAGUCAAGCACAGUCAAAGUGACUCAAACCAAUCCAGCUCACCUACAGCUAAAGAUUAUGUGAUGGCAGAAAAUCUCAUCUUUCAAAAUAUCCAACGAAACAGCUUUCCUGAGGAAUAUGAACAACUGAGAGCUGGUAAGCCUGUCUCCACCACAAGCCGCUUGCUUACUUUGGCCCCAGAGUUUGAUGAAUCCAGUCAGAUUAUACGUGUUGGAGGAUGUCUACGUCGGGCUGAAGGUCUAGAACUCCAGACAAUUCACACAAUAGUUCUGGAUCCUCACCACCCGGCAACCAAACUACUCAUACAAGACUAUGACAGUAAUUUGUGUCACCCAGGACCGGAACGGGUAUUUGCUGAAUUGAGGAGAAAUGUGUGGAUACUCUGAGGUCGUGAGGCAGUUAGAAAAUCCCAACACAACUGUAUAGAAUGUCGUAAGUGGAAGGCAAAACCUGAGGUCCCUAAAAUGGCUGAUUUACCUCCAGCACGUCUGAGACUCCACAAACCUCCCUUUUACAGCACAGGUAUGGAUUGUUUUGGGCCCUUCCAAAUCAACAUAGGCAGAUGCUGUGAAAAAAGAUGGGGCAUAAUCUUCAAGUGUCUCACGACUCGAUGUGUACACAUUGAGCUGCUCACAUCUAUAGACACAGAUUACUUUCUUAUGGCUCUGAGAACAUUUAUUGCAUGCCGAGGCACCCCUUCUGAACUGCUAUCUGACCAGGGCACUAAUUUCCAGGGUGGAGAGAGAGAGCUAAGAGAGGCCUUAACAAACUGUAGUCAAGAGCUUCAACAACAUCUUGCCAAACAGAAAAUCACAUUCCUUUUUAACCUUCCUAGUGCUCCCCACUUUGGUGGCAUCUGGGAAAGAGAGAUUCGAUCCCUCAAAAAUGCCCUCCGUACAGUAGUAGGUGCACAAACAGUGACAGAAGAAGUGCUUCAAACUGUGCUUAUUGAGAUAGAGGGAAUUCUCAAUAGUAAGCCCCUAGAAUAUGUCUCCUCCAAUGUAGCUGAUUUGGACCUAGUUACCCCAAAUCUCCUGCUCAUGGGGCGGCCAGAUAGCUCUCUACCUCAAGUGACAUACCCUGCUAACGAACUCAUUGGACGACGCCGAUGGAUACAAAGCCAAGUCCUCACUGAUCAUUUCUGGUCAAGUUUUGUGAGACACUACUUGCCUAACCUCCAGCUGCAACAUAAAUGGCAUGCAGAGACAAAAAACCUUGCAGUUGGAGCUGUUGUAAUGUUGGUUGACCCUCAACUACCAAGGGCCUUCUGGUUAAUCGGGAGAGUGGUCAGGACAUUCCCUGGAGCAGAUGGACAAGUAAGGUCUGUAGAGGUCCAAGUUAAGGGUCGACUAUAUACACGGCCUGUCACCCAUCUCAUUAACCUACCAGAUAUUACUGAGGAAAAUGACACCAACGUCAAACUAAAAGACUCUUAACUUAGAUUGAGAAACAAAUAUGCCCUGCAUAUUUGGGGGCGGCAGUGUUAAGGAGGUCUAACCAAUCAGAGUCCACUUUAUGGAUGACGUUGGAAAAGGACGAUAGGUGGCGAGCUAGAAACUUCCCUACCUCUCUUGUCAGCGAGCGGAGUGAAGAAAAUGAACGCAUGUUCCUGAGUUCCUGAUAUUAAUCUUUGGAGUUUGCCUACUUUGUGUGUGUUUAUGCAAAGAUGUAAGUCUAUAUACUUUUAUGUGAUACUUAAUAUAGUUAUCUCGCCCUGUUAUGUCUGCCUCCUCAGAGUUCUGAACUCCCGCUGAAGUAGUUAUUAUAACAGAUUAUGCAUAUAAAGUUAUUUAUUUACUUCAUUCCUUAUUAAUCAUUGUUGGUGCAUCAUAAUUCAGUUAAUAAGUGAUUAGAUGUUGAUUUAUCAUAUUCUCCGUAAUCCCGUUAAUAUACGAUGAUUACUCCUCACUUUAUAACAGACACAGAGAAUUUGCUAAUUAUUGUUAUACAUGCUGAAUGCGCCAUCUAGAGGACAAUUGAAGUAUUGCAUUUAACUAGGAAUUGUAUUAGAUGUGAAUAUCAUGUAUAUAUGUUGUCAUUAUAUUAUUGUAAAAUGUUAUUUAUUUGUUUAUUU